UUAUAUUUGCUUCCCUCUUUAAUUGUCAGCUUACAUUACUCUUUGCGAAAACGACCUAGUUAUUGUACUUAAACCGCGAACGGGAAGCGGUUAGGCUGAACCGCCUGGAAGCACCGAGUCUCGGUUUCAAUCUCCAACUUGAGUUGAAAACAAAAGCGAGUCAAAAUCCGUGUAGCGAGGACAAGUAGAAUUUUAAUCCGGAACUCACAGGAUGAACAAUAUUUCAGAUUCAUCUAAAACCAGAAAACGCCAACGAGACGAAGACAUCGACGCUGAAAGCAGCCGCGCUGAUCCUACUCUUUCACUCGAGGAGAAUCUUACUUUUAGUGACACUUUGGUGGCGCUUCGCAUAAUCCGAGCUCAGUUCCCGCACAUUGACAAGGUCUCAAUUCAGCCGUUCAUUUUAAAAUCGCAAUUAUACAGUAGUGUAGAGGACAGAACACAAGUGGAUAGAGAAUUAGAGUCUUUGAGGAGGGAGAAAGUAUUGCGCGUUUUCAAACUAAAUACGGGACAAGAUGAUCAUGCUAUAAUGUUUUUGGAGGACUACCUAAACCAGAUGGAACGUGUUGUGAAAAGAAUUAAAGAAAAGAAGCGGGGUGAUGUUGAAGUUUUUGAGUGGUUUAGAGAACAUGUUAUUGAUUCCAAGCUUGAACCUAGUAUUGAACAUCAAGAGCUCUAUUCACUCUUAUCACUUGGUGGAAAGGUGAAGGAUGAGCAUAUGUCUCUUUUGAUUAAUGCUGGACUUCUUUGGUUGGAAUUCGAUCCCUGUUAUUUACAUAAAUGGAUUAGAGGAAAAUACAGGAGUUUUCUAGUAGAGUACAUGGAGUGUUGUCAUCCUACAUCUAUUCCAAAUGUGCCCCAUGUAUGUGCCACUGUUGCAGAAGCACUUUAGUAAAUAAUUUGGCAACUUUUUAUAGUGGAUGUCAUAUACUUUUUGUCUUUACAGUUCUUAAGUACUUGUUCUCCAUGUUAUCCUCUUGUUAUAUUUAAUAAGUGUCCAAGCUUUCCGAUAGUCUGGUUAUACCACAUAACUGAAACUAGAAUUAUUUAUUGUAAGUUUCCAGUAUUUUUUGUGGGUGGAGCAGGUUUGAGGCUCCCUUGUUUAUGUGGACUUGUAGAUGGAAUUUCGGGGUAAUUUACCCCUACUGUCUGAGAGUAAACUUAAGUUGGAAAUAUAUAAAUCUGUCACCAAUCAUUUAACUUGUUUUAUAUAGAAUAGCCAGUUAAUUGUAAUUGUUCUGUACUUUUCAACUAUAUCUUAUUUAAUUUUACCUUCCUUUUACAUUGUUUAUAUUGGUUUUUCCCUGACCACAUUGAUGGUCUCUGUUUCUUGCUUACACUGACUCGUGUUUUAUAGACUCGCCAACUAAUUGAUCCAAACAUGUACUGGUUUGCAAUUCCAAAUAUUGGUUCAGUACUGAAGGGCCUCUCUCAGGUAUAUGGAAGCUUUUAUUUCUUUACCUAGUGCUAGAUAAUAGAAAGUAUUUGUACAUGUCCUCACUGAGAAAGUCUAUAUUUGCUUUGACUACAACCUAGGAAGUAACCUCCAAGGCUCCUAUGGUCCUUGGCAUUGGUAUAAAAACAGAACAUGAGCACUAGGUUGUAGUCAAAACAAACUCCUGAAAGGUGAUCAUGUUUGUGUUGAUUGUUGAAUUAUUAGGACACCAUUCAAUUUGCAUCUGAAAGUUGUUUUUUCUCAACUUUUGAAAGCAAAAAUACAAAGAAAUAGUGAGUAAAUUACCGCUCAUACCUUAUAGAGAAAGAGAUAAUUGUAAAAAUUAGCUUUUCAAAAAGGCAAAGUACAAAGUGAAAAGUUGCCCAAAUGCUACCUGAGUUUAACAAAUUGCUUCAGAGCAAAGUGUGGCAUGUGACAGUGGUGCUUUCUUCUGUUCAAAUGUUAGAUAAAUUUAUUUAUUCUUUCAUUCCCUAUCCAGGGAAGAAAGGAACUUCUUUCUUUACUAAACCGCAGAAGAUACAAAGAGAUGAUGUUGGCCCCUCUAGAGAAGAAGCGACUUCGAUUCUCUCCACUGGAUAUGAGAUUUCACCUUCGUGAUUUGAUUGGA